UUCUUACCUGAAAAUAUAUUCAAUGCAGAUGAGACAGGUCUUUAUUAUCGCAGUUUACCACAACGUUCAUUUGUUUUGAAAUCUGAUAAAAGGAAAGGCAUCAAGACAGCCAAAGAAAGAAUAACUGUUCUUUUAGCUUGCUCUCAGACAGGGGAAAAAUUGCCACCUUUGGUCAUUGGCUAUGCAGAAAAUCCUCGAUGUUUUAAAGCCUUGAAAAAAAACAGUUUACCUGUGAUGUAUCGCUGGAACAAAAGGGCAUGGAUGACUGCCAGAUUAUUUUUAGAGUGG